UCACGUUUAAUGAUGUCAUAGAGAAGUUACCCUUCUAUUCCAGCUAGGAUCCUUUAAUUAAUAAGAGACUGCUGUGGUGAGCCAGCUGAACCAAAAGGAAAGUUUCGUAAGCAAUUCCCAGUAAAUCAUGGUUCAGAUUAUUAAAGACAUGGAUGAAUUUAGCAGAUUUUUGAAAGCUGCUGGGUGCAAACUUGUGGUGGUUGAAUUUUCAGCAAAAUGGUGUGGUCCUUGCAAAAGGAUUUAUCCUCUUGUUCAUGAGUUGGCCCAAACUUAUCACAUCAGAUCAGUACCCACAUUUCAGAUGUUCAAGCAAACCCAGAAGGGCUCCAUCUCCAUGGCUAGACCUGUGAGUGAACUUCGUCCCCAUCAGGAAUGGGCCCUUGACUCCAGUCAAGCCAAUCUAAACCCAACCAGAGCUAAUCCUAGGAUGUGGCUUAAGCAGCUAGGUAAAAGCCUUCUCUUUCGAUUUCAUUGGAUUUGUUUGAACUUGGGAAGAUAUGAAGCUGAAGGUACUACAGCUAGCUGUAUGAAGCUGAAGGUUCUACAGAGAGAACCUGAAAAUGAAGCCACCAUAUAAUGAAAAGCAGAGUCAAACCAGGAAAUACCAAUGGCACUGAUUGAACCCUGAAUCUAUCCAUGCCUGAAGCCUGAACUACUCCCAUAGAUUCCAUGAGUUACAUAGACCUGGGGUUGUUUUUUCUGUUACUUGCAACCAAAAACUUCUAAUGACAAAAUUAAUGUUCUUUCAGACUUCUGUCCUUCGUUUCAUGAUCCAAUUCUUGAAGAAGUAGAAUAUACUUCCUGCUUUCAAUUCGAAGUUUCCACUUAUUCCUUCAUCUGCUCUUUUAAAUGUCUCCAAGGCUCUUUCAGCACCUAAUUCAAAUAGCCAUUUCUCAAUCCUUGUAUUCCUUGGUUAUACAAAAGCACCAUAACUAAUCAGCUUCUAAUUCUGGAAAUUUCCUUGUCUUUUGGCUUCCAUCCCUGAUCUUUCCCCAAGCUCUCCUUUGGCUCCUUUGGCUCCUGCUGUCCCAAAAUAUAAGUGUUUCCUAAGGUUCUUUUUCCCAUUCUACCUCUUCUCCUUUAGUAAUUUCAUCCUUACCUAUAGUUCCAGCUGUAACGACCUUUGACAUGAACAAGUACAAUAGCCCCUCUCACCUCCAAGUUCACACCAUAGCUCUGUUCUCUUUUCCAAAUAGAGCUUGGCAUAGUUCCAUGUAUGUCAUUCCCUUAUUUAAAUUUGGAUACCCCUUCCCCUCUGUUGUCUGCAGAAUCAAGACUAAACCCUCCUAAUCAAGGCUUCCAUUUAAAUUUCUCCAUAAUUUUGGCCCAGUCUACCUUUCCAAACCCAUUUAUGUUUGACCCAGACCUUAAUGUCAUGUAUUCGUGUCCUACUAUCUCCAGUACCUAGAGGAGUUCAUGUCAGUGUCUAGAAGAAUCCACCCUAGGUGGAAAAUACUCAUUUUGUGUUUGAUUCAUGAGUGAGUAAGCAAGUGAAUGAAUAAAUGAAGGCUGAUAUCUUUGCCCUACAUCCCUGUCUGUUCUGCCUCCCCUUCUGAUUCUGUCCUCAUGUCAGUCUGACUCAGGGAGGGUUUCUCUCCAGCUCAGAACAGCUGUCUGGUCUCAUCUCUCCUGCUGAUGAUAGCGCUUAAGAUCUGCUGCCAUUCAACAGUUUGUUCUAUGUUUUAUGAAAUAAAACUUUGGGGUCUCAAUUGACUUUGUGUCUAGGCUCUUGAGCAAAUCCAUAGCUAUGCUUUUGAGAAAAGGCUUGGCCUUGCUUAGUCUCAGUUCUGUAUGUAGGUGGAAGAACUCACAGUUGGAGGUAGGGUGACCUCUUAUAUUCAAUUAUUUCUUAACUGGUUUCUACAGGGUACGGAUCCCUUUUGAAUUGAUGGAACAAAAUGCCUGUAUUUUAGGCAUUGUGAAGGAUCUCAAUUUUAAAUUUUAUGCCACUUAGUUAAUGGAGAAUAAAAUUAAUUGAAUCAAUGACACAAUGCAUUAAGCUGAUCCACCUCCCUACUUUCUAACUCCAAAGUCAGGUAGCCAGCCUCUGAUUAUAAAAAUGAAUACUCCUGUCCCAAAAUAUUUUCUUGAGAAUUGAAUGUCUCAUUGAAUAUUACUGACUUAGCAUCCUGGUUAUGAAGUUAUUUAAAAAAACAAAAACAAAACCUUGAGAUCAUUUAUGUCAUAAUAUACAAGUAAGUCUACUUCUGAGCUUUGCAUGUAUCUCCAGAAAGAUUCAUACUUGAAUCAAUUUAAAAAUCAUUUGUAAACCUGCAGAAAAUAUUUACAAUGCUGGCUUCCAUUUAACAAAGAAUAUCAAUCUUCUGUGCAAAAGACAACAGCAAAAAAAUGGGGGCAGGAGAUCCUAAAGAGACAGUAUUGCAAAUCUUUUUACCUCUUUCACUCAGUCCCCAGCAUUUGGCAUCUGAGCAUCCAUCUAGGGCUUCUGCAGGGUCCCCACUUCUACUAUUGUAUCCAGAGCUGCAGUCAAAACCUGAGACCUCUGAAAUCACCCCCAGGUUCUACCUUGCAAUGGUCUGCACAGGAAAAAUCAAUGGAACCAGAGAAAAUUGGGCAUGGCCAUGCGAUAGGACCCAUCUAUGUGAAUUUCCCUCCUCAGUAGAAUUGACUAGGAAUGACAUUCAUUGUUCCCCUGGGGGUAGAAAAAAAAAACUAAAUUCACUUCUUUGAGACCACUUCCUUCCAUCUCUCUUUCAUCUGGGACAGCACACCUGAAAAUUAACUUAUGGAAGCAGUUAAGUACUAUUUAUCUAGUAUUAAAACAACAACAACAACUUUGAGUCCAGUUUCUAUUAAGGGAUGUUAUAAGAAAUGUACUCACAUUUCUGGUAAAACACCUGGCGAAGAACCACUGUCCAUUAUGCCUUUUAAAAUGUACAUUGUGUAAAAAGCCUUGUGAUUAUUCCUCAUAGACAGAGUUUGGAGAAUAUUUGCCUCCCUUGGUCUACUCCCUUGCAUUAGAUCAGAAGGCUUAAGGAAUCCCUUGGGUUUCUCUUUUUCUAUUGCUGCCAAUAAUCUCAGGAUUACUUCCUUGACUCAAAUACAAUAGCCUCCCUUAUCUGUAGUUGCCUGGAACUCCCUAAUUGCCAUCUCCAUACUGAAUCGUGCUUUAAUGGUUUUGUUAUUUUAUCUUGCCCUUGAUUCUAUCUCAUUUCAAAUAUUUUCAAAAUACAUAGACUAUAAACAAAUAAAACUUUAAAAAACGAAUGCAGAUAAAGCUAUGUAACUAUGACCCAGGGUUGCAGUCAAUGGGCAUUCUGUGAUGCUGGAAGUUUUUAUGCAGAUUUGGAUGGUCAUCUUAGCAGGGUUGUACCAUAAAUAGCAGCUGUAAUUAUUUUACAGUGUUAGGGUAAAGGACAGCAAAAGCAAAUUCCAGGUAAUAAAUAAAGUGGGAUUGUUCCUUCCUGCUGUAAUCCUUAGUGUUUUCACCUGGGACAUCGCAUCCUGUUCCAGUAAGAUUAACUGUGGUUAAGAAAAAAAGAAUCUGUGGUGGCUCUCAGAUGGGACAUCCAAAACUUUGGCUGAUUUUUUUAACCAGAAUAUUACACUGUAUUCUGUUCUAAGUAAAAAAAAAAAAAAUACACAUAUACACAUAAGCUGCAAUGUGAAUAUGAUAUUAGUUAUUCAUUGAGCCUCUGAAGCCCAUCAGUAGAUCCCCCAGGUUUAUAACAUUGCUUCCAGACCAAAGUUGACAUAUGUCAAUGGAACAAAAGAAAAGAAGAGUAACAAAGAUUUAGCAACUCUUGGCCAACAGCUUAAAUUUAUCCAACAUCGAAAUUGGUUCCAUCUUUCAUUCUUUGAUAUGAGAGUAAAUGGCUUCUCAAAACACUUUAAUCCAAGAACAAUGGGAUACGGAUGCAUGGAUGCUAAUAAGUGAGUUAUUUACAAAUGAAUAAUUCAGCUCAUAGGCUCACAUCUAGUGGGAGGUACUCCUGCUCCUUUGCUUGUGAACAGCAGGGCUCCUGCUGAGGUUAUAGAAGUCAUUUCCAACAGACACCCUCCUUGAGGUAAGUACAGACAUGAAAAGAAUCUCCAAUGGGCGGCACCGUGGUAUGCUUGAAGGAGGACAGGAUUGGAAUCUUCAAGGGCCAGGCAAGGACAAUACAUGAGAAAAUAGGAAGUGAGGAGGAUGGUGGUCCUUGGAGAAUCACCCUCCCAAAUGCUCACUGUUCAAAUUCAUAAAAAACAAUACUUGAGCCACGCCCAAAAGAGUGUCUGUGAAUAGUUUUUGUCAUCUCUGGAAUCAGACAGCUGUGGGUUGAAUCCCAGGUCUGCUUCUUAUUCGUGGAUGACCUUGCUUAUGUGCCUUCACCACCUUGAGCUCAGUUUCCUUCUCUGUGAAAUAGGGACUAUAUCAUGUGUCUUUGAACUGUCGUCAUGAAAAUUUGUGAUGAUAUAUAAAGCACUUUAGCACUGGACUUGGUACAUGCUAUAAAAUAUGGCUAUUGCUAGAGCCCCAUAAUCUGUGCACCAAUCUUCCUGAAAAUUUACGACGAAAUAGAAAUUUGGAAACACUGGUUAGGAGAGACCUCUAAAACUCUUUGAAUAACUACAGUGACCAGUUAAGCUAAGUCAUCUUAACAUUGGAGAGUUACCUACCAGGGAUAUUCAACCUGUUAAGGACUGUGUUAGGUAGACACAGAGGGGUUCCACCUCAGGGGAAAUUAAAAAAAAAAAACAAAAACAAAACUCUCACAUGGUGUUCAGGGCUCUGAAGGGUACAGAUCCAAAAAAGAAGUUACUCAGCCCCAUAAAGCAGCUGAUACAUAGGCACAGAUUAAUAGACUGGAAGGGGCAAGAACUAAAUGAGAUGGAGGGGGAGAGAGAGAGAGAUGGGCAGCAAGCAUUUAUCACCAUUUAACACUAAUGCUAAGGAUAGUGCUCUAGGUGUUAGCAACUGAAAGACAGUAAUUACUUAUAUACCUCUUUUCUCCAGGGCAGGGAUUAGGGUGAGGCAAGUGAGGCAGGAAAUUGCAAGUAUAGGGUGGAAUCCUGUCUUUAUUUGAAUUUUUGAUAUUUUGUUCAUUAUGGAUUUUUAAAAUAUUUAUUAAAAUAUUAAUUAUCUUGGGCACCUGGGUGGCUCAGUCGGUUAAGUGUCUGACUUCAGCUCA